AUGCCAAUGAUUUCUUUGUUUCUUCAUAGACAUCAAGACACAGAAAAUUAUCAUUUACGACCGUCUCAUAAUAAUUUUCAAGUUUUUGCUUUUAAAUAUAUAUUUCCGUCAGAUUUGGAUUGGAUUGAAUCAACAGAACAAUUCUCAUUCAACAAGACACUAACGAACAGAGUCUCCACACUUAAUCAAUUCAGUUGUUUUCUCGAAAACAAUUUUAAACAUUUUGAUUUAAUUUUCAAUGUUGGAAAUAAUGAAACUGUAGAAGAAACAGGAGGGAUUGUGUCUUUUCAAACAAUGACUGAUCUCUUUCAAUACUUCUCAUAUAUUAUAAAGCAGGAUUUAGAGAAAUAUAAAUGUCUCAUGUAUAACGUGACAAUAAUUGUGACAAGUGACAUUCAUGAAACACCAGAGCAGCCCAACACUGUUUGUGGAAAUAGAUUACCCUCUUUUGACGACUCAAAAAAUUUGGUCAGAGUAAUUAUUAAGAUCAGGAGUGAAUACUCUAAUGACAGACAGACAUUGCAAUGCUCAAAUGAUAAUCCAGUGUUUCUCUUUGAUUCAGCUUCUGCUGUGAAGUUAACCUUCACUAACAUUCAACUCGAGAAAAUGAUGAUACGACCUUUAAAUAUCACUAAUUCAAUACUUAUUAACUCUGUCAUUUACAUUCAUUUGAGUGCACAUGAAGCUGGAAUUUCAGACUCUAAACUUAUUAGAACACAAACAAAAAUAUCUGAAGUUGGAACGUUGAAACUACGUAAUACUACCAUGCUAUCUGGAGCUUUGUAUAUAACCGAUUGUGGUAGAAUUCAUAUGGACUCUUUUUAUUUCCAUGACAGUUUGGAACACACUUCAGAUUCUACGCUGAAGGUCUCCAACUCUGAGACAUUUCAUGUAUCACGGUCGACAUUCGUUUUCGGAAAAUAUUCUUCACUUCAGAUAGAAGCAGUGAUUGAGGCCAUAUUUUUAACAUGUCAAUUUGAUUACAUGACUUAUUCAUCCAAAGAUGAUGGUCCUACAGAAUAUGGAAUUGUAGGAAAUUUAUUAUUUCGAUUAUAUUUAAUUGGAUGUACUCUAAAGAACAGAAAUCACGAUCAUGGUUGGCUCAAGAUAAUUAGUGGAGGUGUGAUAAAUAUUGAAAACGUCAUUGUUGCUAAUAACACAUGCAACAAGGCAGAAGGGAUUUUCUAUUUUUAUUUAUGCCAAACAAUUUACAUGUCAGAUUCCACAUUUACAAGUAAUUCAGCCAAGCACAGCGGUAGUCUUUUAUUGUUGAGCUCUAAAACCUUCAAUAUUUCGAAUACCCAAUUUAUUGACAACCAUUCUUUAAAGAGCGGUGGAGCAUUGUCCGUCUUAGAAUCGUACGGUUCAUCACAAUUGAGGAAAGUUUCUUUCAUUCGAAAUGUUGCAAAUAAUGGAAAUGGAGGAGCUAUUGCCAUGGUCAACAGCAAAGGAUAUAUCACCAUAUCAAAUGUAACCUUCUCACAUAACAGAGCUACCCUUGGAGGAGGAGCAUUGUAUGCGAAUAAUGUCACUUUCCUUUUCAUAUCACAAAGUAAUUUUGAAAACAACAUUGCUCAUCACGAAACCAAUGAUGAACGAUGCGUGACUACAUCAUUUUUGUCAGGUGGAAGUGGAGGAGGAAUUUCUUUAUUUCAAAGUGCUUUUGAAUUACUUGAGUCAAACUUUACAGAAAAUAAGGCAACAAGGGGAGGUGCAAUUUUCACAACCUCUUCAGCUCUGAUCCAAGAUACCCAAUUUGUAAAUAAUAAGGCAUUUGUUGCAGGGGGAGCAUGUUUCUUUGUACUAAACUCCUCGCAAAUUACUUUAUUCGACGUGGUAAUGCAAAACAAUGAGGCCAAUAUUUAUGGGCAAAACAUUUCGACUCCUGUUUAUAGUUUUUCAAAAGAGAUACUGAAACCAAUUCCAACGAAUGGUCAUGUCAUGUUAUAUCCUGGAGAAACAUUAGCGUUAAAAUUUACAAACAUGUAUGACAAAAACAAUAAUUACAUACCUAUCAUGUAUGAAUGCCCUUUUCCGUCAAUUUCAGAUAGACGUUUUUAUCUCCUCAGUAACAUUUCUAACUUUGAAAGCAAUACGAUCUAUUUCACAUUAAUGAUUCAACCUAAUGUAGAUGUUGAUUUAGAGAAACAUCUUAUUGAAGCUGACAUUACGAUAUGUUUCACAGAAUCUCAAAAUUCUUCAUUACGUGUUUUCAUUGGUCCCUGUCCAACAGAUUAUGUCAUUAACGACGGAAAGUGUGAAAUGAGUUUUCCACUUUCCAAAGUCAUUCCUGGAAUAGUUGUUGGGUCCAUUCUACUCUUAUUUUUUGGAAUCAUUUUGGGCUCAUGUGUUUGUAGCUUCUGUGCCUUCAGUGUAUGGAGAAUUUUCAAAAAAGCCAAAAGCUUGUACGUGAGACAGCGGUCAGAAAGGGAAAUUGAAGAAAAAUUGCUCAAUUACGAUGUAUCGUUCUCUCAUUAUGGGUCUCUAAAUUCAGGUGAAUCUUCUACCAUGGAAAAGAAUUUGCAGUACAUCAUUCCUGUGAGUGAUCUGAAAAUUGAAAAGAAAAUAGGUGAAGGUGCAAGUGGAAGCGUGUACAAAGCAAAAUAUAACAUGAUGGAUGUUGCAGUGAAGACAAUCAUUAGAAAAGAUGAUACUCACCAAGAUUUUGAAAAAGAAGUCAUGCUACUUGUUAAGCUUAGACAUCCAAAUAUUAUUUGUUUUUAUGGAAUUUGCAUAUCUGAAAGCCAGCUCUGUAUUGUGGUCGAGUUAUGUCAGAAUGGAAGUUUAGAACAAAUGAUAAAAGAAAUGAAAAAAGGAAAAAUUAAGAAGAAAUUCAAGGACAAACUCAAAAUAUUAAUUGGUGUUGCAAAUGGAAUGAAAUAUUUACACGGACUGCAACCUCACUAUUUAAUCCAUAGAGAUUUGAAACCUGCAAAUAUCAUACUAGAUCAAUCUUAUACACCAAAGGUUUGCGAUUUUGGACUGAGUCGUGUGGUAUCCAUGAAUACACAAACAAAUUCCUUCACAGGAAAUGUUGGAACCAUGCUCUACAUGAGCCCUGAAUUAAUCUUGGAAGAAGACUCUGAAACGAACAAACUCACAAGAGAAAAUGCAACUAAAAUUGAUGUCUACUCGUAUGCCAUUAUCAUGUACGAAUUGUUCUUUGAAGAGACACCUUACUGGAAUGAAGAUAAUGAAAAAAUUAAUUUCUUUCAACAUUGCAAUAGCGAUCAAAAGAAAGUGAAAGCGUUUAAUCUUUUAUAUCAAGUUGCCAAUCAUGAAAAACGUCCUCUCAUUCCAUUCAUCAACCAUGAAGAAAUGAAACUAUGGUGUGAAAAAUUCAUGCCCAAUGAUAAUGUUUCCAACGAAGAUUUAUUGAUUGGAGUUGACAUGUAUGUGAAACUCAUGAAACAGUGUUGGUCUGCAAAUCCCAUCGAAAGGCCUUCUUUUGAGAGAAUUAUUCAAAAGUUGACUGAAAUUUAUCAGAUGCUCUCUUAA